AUUCUUGCUGCAGUUAGUUUACCUUAUAUUUUUCGCUCAUCAUGGCGUUAGUGUGUUGUAAGAAUCCUGAGGAAAAAGAAGCCUAUCAGAUAUCGAAAAAAAUUGACACUCAAAUUGCAAAGGAAAAAGUUUAUUUUAGACGUAAAGUUAAAAUUCUGCUCCUGGGUGCUGGAGAAAGUGGUAAAACGACGUUUCUAAAACAGAUGAGAAUUAUUCAUGGGAAGGACUUUGAUUUAGAAGCACUGUUGGAGUUUAGGCCUAUCAUUUAUUCUAAUGUGUUGAAAGGCAUGAAGGUACUUGUAGAUGCUAGAAGAAAGCUAAGAAUAUCAUGGGGCGACCCUGAAUGUCAAGCUUAUGGAGAUAUUAUAUUGAAUUUUCAACCCACUGGUCCAGUAAAUAUAGAGACAUUUUUGGAGAAUGUUGACAAUGUUAAGAAAUUGUGGAAUGAUGCAGGCGUUCAAGAAGCAUACAAAAGGCGAAACGAGUUUCAAUUGGGUGAUUCGACUUCAUACUUCUUGAAUAAUCUAGAAAGAAUUGGCAGAAAGGAUUUUAUGCCCACCAAGCAAGACAUGCUUCAUUCUAGAAAAGCUACCAAAGGUAUUCAGGAAUAUGAAUUCGAAAUUAAAGGCAUUCCAUUUGUCAUGGUAGAUGUUGGUGGACAGAGAUCGCAGCGUACAAAGUGGUUCCAGUGUUUUGACGAAGUCACAUCGAUUUUGUUCAUGGUAUCGUCAAGUGCAUAUGAUCAAGUUAUUAUGGAAGAUAGACGCACCAAUUGUCUCAUCGAAUCAUGCAUGAUAUUUGAAACCAUAGUGAAUAAUAAAUGUUUUGCAAAUGUCUCCAUCAUUCUUUUCCUUAAUAAAACUGACUUGUUAGAGCAAAAAGUACGAUCUAGACAUAACAGUAUUAAAGAUUUCUUCUUGCAAUUCCAAGGUGACCCGUAUAAUUUAACCGAUGUUCAAAACUUUAUAUUACAAAUGUUUGAUAGUCGACGUCGGGAAAGAUCAAAGGCAUUGUUCCACCAUUUCACCACCGCGAUUGAUACAGAAAAUAUAAAAUUCGUUUUCCAUGCAGUAAAAGACACCAUCCUGCAAGACAAUUUAAAGUCACUCAUGUUGCAAUAGAUUUUAAUGUGGCAAGCAUUUGUUAAAAAUAUCCGUUCCACAAUCUGCUUUCCUUAGAAUGAUUGUAAACGUUUAUAUACAUGUUAAAAUGGAAAAAGUUUGUACUUUACUUAAGACACCAACUGGAUUGAUUAAGGAAAUUUGAUAUUUUUGGACUGGGACUUGUGAUACUGGAGUAGAAAAAAAUUACAACACAGUAAAACCAGUUGUUUCUAGCAUAGAACUGCUAUACGUGUUCGAAAGAUGUGCUCUCUCAAAAGGGAGGUAUGUAGGCUAGCUGGAUUCUCUUUAAUAUGUGCAUACUACUUUUAUAGACAAUCUACUGUUGUGUAUUGUUGUUAGUCUUGAUGGGCGAUGGGGCUCGCUAUUGUUUAUAUUCAAUUAAUUUUAAUUUUUGUUAGAAACUUUAUGGUAGAUUUCUCUACCAGUUGAUUUUGUAAUGCUUGAUUUGAGAUGGCAUUUUUCAUGGAAUUAGCGCAUUCAUUUUUAUAACCUGAUGAUAUUCUCAGUCAGUAUAGACCCUUUUGAUAUUCGUACUGUAAAACUGUCCUUUUAAUUGAAAUCAACAAACCUGUAUAUUUUGCUACAGUUGUUCUAGUUAAGCCAUUUUGUUUUUAUUUACUGUCCUAUGUCAGUUUUCGUUUUUUAAUAAAACGAGUUAUGUUGCGCUGUGAGGAAUAUUGAUUUUUUUGUGAGAUUAAUUUUUGCUAGUUCUGUAGAUGUGUAGAAGAGAGAUUUAUAACGCUGCUUUUACAUUUCACAAAAAAACCCUUAAAUGUUUUGGUUGCUAUUUGUUUUUUUUUAAAUCCAGAAGGAUUUUGUCCUUGUUUUAAUGCAACGGUUGUAACUUUCUUUUUUUAAAGUUUUACAACAUAUUUUAAGGGUCCUUGAAUGUUUUGAAGAGUUCUCGUCUCAUUUUAUGUUGCUAACGUUUUUUUUACAACAUACGUGUUGAUGUACUCCAAUGCGUCAUUGUUAAUGACGUUAAUUUUUUAAUUUUAUUUUUCGUUAACACCUGUUGUUUUUAUAAUUCGAAGGCGUUUUUUCCUUAUAAAGUAAAAUUAUCGUCUCCCACGUUUAUUUGGCAGAUGGGAAAUUAUAUUCUGCUACAAUAUUUGUUUAUUUUUGGUCACGUGUUAUAUUCUACACAUAUUGUAAAAAAAAAUAUCUUAUAUACGCUUCCUUGUGUGAGAAUCAGGAAAAUUUGUAUAAUAUGUAGUAUAUAUGAUGUUUAAUAAGCCCUAAGAUGGGGAGGCGAUUCUUCCUUUAGUUGCUCUCCUUUCCUGUAACAAAACAAAAGUUUUAUAUUAUUUAGCAUAUAAAAUUACGUUUCGAAUCCUUCCUUUUUGCAUUUAAAGAAGUUUGGAGUUAAUACCUGACCCUUUGCGUAUCGCAAAGUUUGUGCACUUUUAUCUUACUCUUUUGGACGCGCACAGGUUGUUAAUCUGGAAUGACAUUUGAAACCUUGUUUUUUAUAAUAGGUGUAUAAUUGAUAAUUAUUUUUCCAACAAAUUAUAUCUUUUUAUAUGAUUUUAUCAUACUGUAGCAAUAUUAAUAAUAAUAAUGAUAAGUUAUAUAUUGCGUUGUGUAUAACUUGUUUUUUUUCGUUUUUUUUUUUUUUUUUUGCAAAUUAGUGCAAACUUCGUGUAUGCUAAUAAAUUCACAUAAAACA